CAACACAGUGUAUUUCGCUGUGAUAUACCGAGUCCACACGAGUACAGCCGAGGCUCACCGAAGCGUAAAGCCGAGGUGAGCCGAAGUAAACGCACGGGGAUACGAAUGAGAGUCAACGGGACGAGUGGGAGAGCGGGGAGAGAGUGAAAAAUACACGAGUGAUAUUGUGAGGGCGAGUAAUUCGGAUGAAUAAGUGGAAGAAUGGGGGAAAGACGAGGAGUAAUUUGGUAGAAUUUCGAGGGGACGAGUGAGCAAAUGAGAGUUUGGAUUUUAAUGAGUGAAGUGUUGCAGCUCCAGUGUGAGGUAGGAGGUUAAAUAUUUUCUGUCGUGUGAUAUUCAGCCGACGAAAACAUAGCGCGCGACGGCUGUUACAAUGGCUCGCCGUCGCCAGGGGCACGGACGGUGGUGCAUGAAAGGCUAGGAAUUCUUUUCAUCGGAGAAACCGAAAUAAAGGAGAAAAAAACGCAGUGAACUGAAUGUUAUCAUGUUGUGACUCGAUUGCUCUCUGGGGAUUGUUAUUGGUGGGAUCGCGAGGGGUUUUGGAUUCAGUGAAUACCUCGGGGUGAUUGUCGUGAACAGGUGAAGUUCAGUGUUUUUAGGAGUUUUUUUCGUUCGGUAUAAAUAGGCGUUCGUUGGUGAUAACGAGUGGUUGAUGCAACUGAGGGGCAUUGAGUCAGUGUUAUUUUCGUUUGAUGAUAUUUUUGUGAUAAGAAAAACCGGACGCAGGAGCCGGGAGGCUCGUGUGUGGUGUCAGACGUUGGUGGAGGUCUCUUCGUCGGGUAAAAUAAGGAUUAUCUUGUCCUCCAGCACCGGAGUUUCACCCGGACCCGAGGAUGAGCGGGCGAGGGGGACUUGUGCGCGACUUUUGAGUCGUUGAAACAAUUCAUCACCUCAGACCAAUUUUUUUUGUUACUUCUUUCGGCUCCUUCUCGCUCGAGCGAGAGGGUCACCCUCUGCGGAACGGUAGAUUGGGGGCUUCAGGUAUAGAGAGAAGAAAAGUCGGGGGGUUUUGGGUGCCACAUUGUUGCACUGGAUAUUUGGAAGUAAAUACAACAGUGCUUGAGGAUGCAAGUGGCAACGCUGUUCAGGGAAAGCGCUACCCUGCUGGGGGCCUCCAGUCUCGAUCCCCCGCAGGCCCAUCAUCAGGCCCUGCAGCAGCAGCAACAGCAGAUGCAGCAUCACCAGCAAAUGCAGCAGCAGAAUGCUGAGAUGCACCUUCACAUGCAGAAUCACUACAAAAUGUCAUAUCCGUCUCCAGUACAAAACGGAGGGCAGAAUAGCAAUCCAAUGAGCUGUAGCGGUUCACAAGGUAUAAUGGUUAAGCAGGAGGCUAGGGAUGACGGCUAUGAGACGAGUCCCGACCUGGAGAUGAGGAGUAAUGGUGGUGACAGUAGCCAACAGUAUCAUACACCACUGACGCCUCAUACCCCACACACACCUCAUACUCCGCACACACCUUUGACGCCAAUAUCGGCGACUCCACAUCAGCCUCAGCAGCCAGGCUCCACUGGGGCCACACUGGGACAGGUUGGAGUCAAGUGUGAAACUCCAGUAGACCCUUAUUCGUUCGUCGACGAGGAAAUGUCGAUGGGUGGGGUGCGAACGGCAAGUAGUCCUGGUGAAAAUCUCGAUGGCAUAACAUGCCCUAGCGGUUCACAAUCCGGUCUUGGAACACCCACGUCAAUGUCCCCGGGUCCAAUGAUGAAUCCUCAGCAGCAACAUCAACAUCACCAGAUGAAUAUGGCAAUGAAUGGUGUCCUCAAUCCCCUUCAAAUGCAACAACAGCCGAAGAAGAGAGGGCGGAAGAAAAAAUCCGAGAUGAUAUUAACGCCGGAGGAGGCGGAGUUGGCGGAGGCAAAGAAACGGGCCAAAACGUAUAAAGAAAGAAAGAAACACGACAGAUUCGAUGGAAUGCCGGAGGAGGAGGUCAGCAAACGUGUACUACCGGAUCACCUCAGCCCAAACCUCGAUAUUAUAAUCAUUGGCAUAAAUCCUGGACUAUUCGCAGCGUACAAAGGCCAUCACUAUGCAGGACCUGGCAAUCAUUUCUGGAAAUGUCUACACUUGAGUGGCUUAACACCCGAGCCACUGACAUCGGACGAUGAUUUCAAGCUGUUGCGUUUGGGAAUUGGUUUCACAAAUAUGGUUGCACGUGCGACGAAGGGCAGUGCUGACCUCACGAGGAAAGAGAUCAAAGAAGGUAGCAGCGUAUUACUCGAAAAAUUGAAAAAGUACAAGCCAAAAAUAGCAGUAUUCAAUGGUAAACUCAUCUACGAAGUAUUUUCUGGUAAAAAGGAGUUUGGAUUUGGUAGACAACCGAAUCUCGUAGAAGGCACGAACACAUACAUGUGGGUGAUGCCAUCGAGCAGCGCAAGAUGCGCCCAAUUACCUCGAGCAGCCGACAAAGUUCCUUACUACGCCGCCCUGAAGAAAUUCCGUGACUACCUAAACGGCACAAUCUCCCACAUAGAGGAAUCGGACAUUGUCUUCGCCGACACUAAAAUAAAGAAACGCGAGCACGAUGCACUCGAGGAGAAGAAGCACUUCCCGGACGACCUGGACGGUGAGAACCGAUUAUCAGACUCCAAGGAUCAGGGUUUGAUACCAGGUAAAAAGAAACGUGGCAGGCCAAAGAAGAUAAAGAACCCAGACGAUGUGCCCCAGCCAGAGCCAGAGAAGCUGGACGGUAACGGUGAGAUUGUGAAGAAACGUCGAGGCAGGCCCAAGAAAAUUCACCAGCAGCAGAAGCAGCAGGAGCGAGAGGCGAGAGAGCGCGACCAGCUGGUGCAGCAGCAGCAGCAACAGCAGCACCAGCAGCACCAGCAGCAAGUCCAGCAGCAGCAACAGCAGCAGCAGCAGCACCACCACCAAAAUCAAAGCCAACACCACCACUCCAUGGGGCACAUGGGUGACUACGGAAACCUGCCAAACUGCUUCUCCCCCCCGAAGCCCUUCGCCCACAUGGCCCCCUACCCCCAACAAAUGAGUGAUUCCAAUUUCUACGGGCAAACAAUGAACGACAGCCCGUACACAAUGAGCUCAAAACACAGUCCAGUGCACCUCCAACACUACAGUCAGAGUCCAAAGUCAAUGUCCCUGUCGUUCACCCACUCAGACCUGUCGUCUGAAAUAAACACUGGUAUCUCAUCGGAGAACAAUCUCGAGCCCUCGCCAUUAACAUCACCAAGUAUUGAGCACCCAGAUUUCGAGCCACCAACGAGUAUCUCUCAGAAUUUAACUAGCCAUCGUCAAUACAAUCCAACGAGUGGUGAUUCAGUACAUCAUGGCAGCAGUCCUGAUACCCCCUCCCACUCAAGUUACACGAGUUAUAUGGGUUUUCACGAUCAAUCAACACCAGAAUCACACACUGGCCAUCAACACCAAACAACACCAACGGGAAUGAGUCAGAGUACUGAAGAGCUCUCGCAUCAUUCACAUCAGACACCACCGCUCAAUCACUCACACACACCAACACACACGUCAAUGUCACCCCAUCCACACGAACAAUUUGGUAUGAAACGCAAUGCAAAUCAGGAUGUUGCAUCAAAGAGUCUGAGUGAUUUAGAAUCACUUGUCGAUCAAAUACCGAGUAUAACUGAUGGAGGUGGUAAUCAGCGUUUGCAUUCACAAAGUGGUAUGUCUGAUGACGGUUUAAAUGAUAAACUCGAUCAUCAUCAGUCGUAUCUUGGCUUCAAUACACAAACUAUGACAAAUUACAGUCCACCAUUGAGCACCACUGGUGUUUAUCCAGGUACACACUUGUAUGCUGGGGAUAAUUAUGGUAUUUAUAGCAAUGGUAGGCAGGAUGUACAGCAGGGACAGCAGCACAGUAAAUCGUACACAGUCGAAAAUUUAGCAUCGAGUAAUUAUACACCUAGUAUGAAUCAAUCUGGCAAUUACACUAAUAUUAUUCCAGGACCCCAUUAUCCAGUACCAACAAUGGGCUCGACAAAUGGCUAUCUGUUUGGUGGCCUUGAAUCAAGUUUAAUGCAACGUACUUAUGGUAUGAGUGGUAUGAGUGGUAUGCAUCCAUCACUUGGACACAUGGCUAAUCCAUAUCCAUACAAUACCUCUUAUUCAAGUUCAUUCGAUAGUUAUCCAACACCACCUGGUGGUAUACAUGCACCAAGUCCCAAUUAUCCUGGUGGCUAUGCAAGUUCAACAAAUUCACCAACUGGUCAUUCAACACCACCUUCAUACCUUCAAUCACAUCACAGGCCACCUGUUGAUCUUGCUUAUGACGGUGUAUGAUAAUUAUUGUGAAAUUUUACAGAGAAAUGCAAAAUUAUAUAUGUGUUUAAAUACCUUUUUACGAUUAGUCAAACCUGGAAUAAUUACAUUUUCUACGUAUUUUUACACUUAUAGAAUUUUUCUCAUCAUUCAGUUGAUUGUUUUAAUUUUCACAACUCGAUUUAAUCGUUGAUUUGUAUAACGCUCUUGGCAUUACAUACAUUUGGGUAGAUUACUUUAGGGGGAGAGAUUGCUCUCAUGACACGAAUUUCUUUUUUUUUUAUUUAGAAUUUAAUCUAGUCCACCGCCGUAGCGAACAUCGUUUGACUCGGUCGGUGUUUAAUCAUGCUCCUGUUGACUUUACGCAGGAUUUUCGUGCAUUACAUAGUUUUUCUUUUUUUUUUCUUCUUUUUUUCCUCUUGGAGAUCAGUGAGAUUGGUCGAUUUGCGGGGGGGGGGGUCAGUGUCGAUUGAUAAGUGCGAUUUAUGCUCAAGUUUUUUAUUAACUCUCUUGUGUACGGUGUACACUGAUGAAUCGUUGAGAGAAUGUAUGCAGAUUAGUGUCAUUCGUCAUUGAACGCCACGGAAUAUACUAUUUUUUAAGGCCAGUUUGGGUGCUAAACGAGUGUGCAAUUGAGCAAUCGUACGGUGUUUUAUUCCUGAAUUAUACAUUGUUGUUAUUGUUGUUGUUAUAUUGUUAUUGCCCUUUGAAAGCGCUUAACUUCAUCGAGUUCAUUAUCAUUAGUUAUUAAUUUUCUUUUCUCUUUUAUGGGGAGGUAAUUCCGUGAGGUUUGAGGGAAUUUGAAGGGGUCAGCCACUGAAAUUACCGAUGUCAACGGUCGACAGGUGACUGCUAAUGUUGAAACGGCGGAUUAUUUUCAUCCAGAUGCCGAUGCAGGGACUGCUCCACUCAGAUAUCCUCUUCCAAUAAAAAAUGCGUUUCUUCUCUGCAUACAAUUUGUUGUAGGAUGAAUUUUCAAUCAGUCGUAGGGGAGAGGGGGGCCAAAUGAAACAGCCGGAAAACGACUGUUUGACGCAAUUCAAGCAACAAAAUUUUUAUUAUCAACUUUUUUUAUGUUUGGGAGUACUAGUGAGAAUAAUAAUUUUUUUUCCGGUAGAAAAGAACGUGCGGCGCUAAAAAAGCACUGACAUUCGAAACCCGUUUUUCAUAUAUUUUUUAUAUCAAGACGACAAUAUUAAUAAUUUUCCCUAAUUUUAUCCACAAUUCUCUUCAAAUAAUACGAAUAUUUCAUCUAUAAUUUAAUUGAUUAGAUUAGGGUGAUGACACUUUUCUUUUUUCAUUCUAUUGAAAUUGAGUAUUAUAUUUUU